UACACUCAACUUUAUUACAAUUAGUAGUAACAGUAGUGAUGUGCAUAAUGACCCUCACAUUUUAUGCAAUUUACAAAGUACUUUCACAUGUUAAGUAGCAAUAGUACCAACAUUAAUAUCAAUACUACUAAUAACCAACACUUACUUCCUGUGAAGCCUGACACUGUGCUCUACACAGCGUAUGGUGUGUUUGUUUCAGUCUGUGGCAGUGGCAGAUCCAAAACUUCUUUAUGUGUGAGAACUCACUGGCACAACCUGUUUGGAAAGGGAAGGAUGGGGGUUGGUUAUGAAGGUGUAUUUUGUAUAGCACUUUACGUGAGAUUGUAUGUAACAAAGAAGGGCCGAUGGAAAUUGUGAGGACUGCAAAUCACCUUUGAGAACCUGAGUUUGUCACAGCUACCUCUCAAACCAGAAUUACUGGAUGCAGAUCCCACCUCCAUCUCUAAUGGCUGUGUGACCUUGGGCAAGUCAUUUAACCUCUUUACUUUCUGAGCCUGCAAAACAGCUAAUGAUAGUAUCUACCUGGGAGACAGUAUUGAGAGUUUAAUGAUGACGCAGGAAAACCACCUGGCAGUGUCUGGCUUACAGCAAUCUCAGUGAGUUACCUCCGAUUAUGACAAAAAACAAAACAAAAUCGCAAACAAUUCUAGUAAGGUGGGGGCUAUGAUCCCAUUUUACAGAGGGAAAACAGGUGAUGUGAAAGAAAGUAACUAGCUCAAGGUCACAAAGCUAGUAAAUGAUACAGAGGAAAUUCCAACCAGGUUCAACAAACUCCAGAACCUGAAAGCCCCUUCUAUUGCUUCCUCUCCUCCAGCCUAGCCCAUGAUAAUCUCAGUUUUCAUGACGGUGGGAUGAGGGUGGGAGGAGCAGACCCAGUACUUAGAAGAAUCAGUGGAACUGUCCUAACUAGAGCUACGACCAACCUUAUCUGUUUUUGCAAUAAGCAAUAAUGAUGAGCAGUGAUCCCCUAACGGAAAAGACAUCACGGCCUUGCUCAGCUUUCUGAGCACUACGGAAUGAAAUCACAACAUGUGAGAAAGAAUCUUGAAACUGCCACUGUGCUUUACAAAGAGAUAGCAAUAUUAUUAAAUGCUGCUCCACCUUCUUUUAUCAAACCGGGAAAAAGCACUCACCUGUUUGGCCUCUGCAGCACCUUCCCCCUCCCUGCCCCCAACUGCAGCUGUGAGCAGCCAGUAGCUUGUUUUCCUUAAAGGCCUCCGGGUGCUCUGGGUGCUCGCUCGUAGCGUCUUUAGACACUAAGCCAAAAUUUUUAGAGUGCGACUGGGGGGGAGGAGUAGCUCACCCUGAAUUCAUUUAGCUCUGUCAUUGAAACUCGGGCUCCUAAACGAGAGCACAAAAAGAAAUCGAAAAGGCAGUUUCUGGACCAAUGGAAAACAGCUAAUUUUGCAGGUGCUUUGGCAUCAAUGGUAGCAAUGAAUGUAACAUCCAUACCGGCGGGGGUGGGAGAGCUUUGAUUACAGAUGAAAUGGGUAGUACCCUAAACGAAAUUCGCAACGAAAAUCUUGAAACUGGACAUUUAAAUUCACUGCCCGGGGUGGGGUAGGGAGCGGGAUCGGAAAUGACGCUUGUGGUUUUUUAAUGCGUUUUUACUUGGGAAAGCCGGGCGGGGAAAGGAAAGGUCAUCGUCUGUUUAAUUUCCACCCCCAGCCCUGGACUUCCAGCAUUAGCUCGCCCGGCCUCAGCUGUUGUACACACACGGUGAGGGGGGAGGGGAAGGCGGAGGCGCGGAGGCGGGGCCGACUGGGAGGAAUCUGGGCGUCCUGCCGCGCAUGCGCCUUCCCCGAGCAACAAGUGGGCUCCACAGACAGAGGAAGUGUAAGGGGGGGGGGCAGAACUGGUGCAGAGCAUGGUGGUGACGUCAGCGCUCCGCCCGGGCGGCAUCCCGCGCGGCCAAGCCGGGGACAGCGCGAGCCGCAGCGCGAGCGGGAGCGCCGAGACGCGCCUCCGGAACGUAGAGUAACAAUCACAACCCCACAUUCCGGGCGAGUGCGAGCGGGAAGGGAUGCGACCCGGGCCGAGGCGCCGCGCGAGCGCCCUGCAGCCAACGUGAGCGCCGCCAACAGCGGCGGCCCGGGCGCCGGCCAGGCCUGGGGGCGGCGGGAGCCUGCUUGCGUGCGCUCCUCUCCUCUGCUCUCGUGCGUUCUGGAAGCAGUGGCCGCGGCGGCUCCCUUCGGCCGUGCAAACCGAGGCGCCGCCAGCGGAACGGCCGACGCUGCGGAGGGGAGAAGCACCUCUCGGCUGCCACCCCCUCCCUCCCCCGGCCCUCCGGGGAAGCAGCGACUUCAGCAAGAUUGGACCCGGGCACCGGGUGGCACUGAACCCUCUAGCCUUCGCCCCGGGGAGCCUGGCGGGGAGAGGACGCAGCUCGUAGCGGGGCCCCUAGGGGAGAGGAAGAGACAGCCCCUUUCGAGCUUCCAAGCACCAGCCACUCCGGGGAGGGGGCCAAGAGCCAACGGCGGCCAGCACUCGGCACCCUCGCCCCCUCCCCUCGGGCCCGACGCUUCCAGCCCGGGUGCGCGGCACCAGGAAGAAGGCGCCUGAGCUCCCCUCCCGACGAGACAGCCGCAGUAGGAGGUGGGGGCGAGGAGCGGGCUGAACUCGUCCGCCGCCCCGGCGGUGGAGCCCCCGCGGAGAGGCGCUGCGCCGGCGGUGGAGACUCGCGCUCCCUCCAACCCCUGGGGCAGAACUUUCUCGCCCCCCCUUCCUCCCCCGCAGCCGGACUCCCUCCCCAGCCGGCCAGUCCUCCCGGAGGAGAAGGCGCCGCGGAGACAGCCUGGGCGGGGGCCUACCUUCCCCAGGGCGGGCAUCAUGUCGGCGGCGCAGGUGUCCUCGUCCCGGAGACAAUCUUGCUACCUGUGCGACCUGCCCCGCAUGCCCUGGGCCAUGAUCUGGGACUUCUCGGAACCCGUAUGCCGCGGUUGCGUCAACUACGAGGGCGCCGAUCGCAUCGAGUUCGUGAUCGAGACCGCGCGCCAGCUGAAGCGGGCGCACGGCUGCUUUCAGGACGGCCGCUCCCCCGGGCCGCCGCCGCCCGUCGGGGUCAAGACGGUGGCCCUGUCGGCUAAAGAGGCGGCGGCUGCGGCAGCGGCGGCAGCUGCCGCCGCACAGCAACAGCAGCAGCAGCAACAGCAGCAGCAACAACAGCAGCAGCAGCAACAGCAACAACAGCUCAACCACGUCGAUGGUUCCAGCAAGCCUGCGGUGCUGGCGGCCCCGUCCGGCCUGGAACGCUAUGGCCUGAGCGCUGCCGCCGCCGCUGCCGCCGCCGCCGCCGCCGCGGUGGAGCAGCGCAGCCGCUUCGAGUAUCCUCCACCGCCGGUGAGCCUGGGAAGCAGCAGCCACGCCGCGCGGCUGCCCAACGGCCUGGGGGGCCCAAAUGGUUUCCCCAAGCCAACACCGGAGGAGGGACCCCCAGAGCUGAACCGCCAGAGCCCCAACUCCUCUUCAGCUGCGGCGUCGGUGGCGUCUCGGCGCGGGACGCACGGUGGGCUAGUGACGGGGCUGCCCAACCCGGGGGGCGGUGGAGGCCCCCAGCUCACGGUGCCCCCCAACCUGCUGCCGCAGACGCUGCUUAACGGCCCGGCCAGUGCCGCCGUGCUGCCCCCACCGCCGCCGCACGGCCUGGGCAGCCGUGGGCCCCCGACGCCCGCGCCCCCAGGGGCGCCCGGGGGCCCCGCUUGUCUGGGGGGCGCCCCAGGCGUAUCAGCCGCGUCGUCCUCAGCGUCGUCUUCCACCUCGUCGUCAGUGGCCGAGGUGGGUGUAGGUGCUGGCGGCAAAAGGCCCGGCUCGGUAUCGAGUACAGACCAGGAGCGCGAGCUGAAGGAGAAGCAGCGGAACGCCGAGGCCCUGGCUGAGCUGAGCGAGAGCCUGCGCAACCGCGCGGAGGAGUGGGCCAACAAGCCUAAGAUGGUCCGCGACACGCUGCUCACGCUGGCUGGCUGUACGCCCUACGAGGUGCGUUUCAAGAAGGACCACUCUCUACUGGGCCGCGUCUUUGCCUUCGAUGCUGUCUCCAAGCCGGGCAUGGACUACGAGUUGAAGCUGUUCAUCGAGUACCCCACGGGCUCAGGCAACGUGUACUCCAGCGCAUCUGGUGUGGCCAAGCAGAUGUACCAGGACUGUAUGAAGGACUUCGGCCGGGGUCUCUCCUCCGGCUUCAAGUAUCUGGAGUACGAAAAGAAGCACGGCUCCGGGGACUGGCGUCUACUUGGAGACCUGCUGCCUGAGGCCGUGCGCUUCUUCAAGGAGGGCGUGCCCGGCGCCGACAUGCUGCCCCAGCCCUACCUGGACGCCAGCUGCCCCAUGCUGCCCACGGCGCUGGUGAGUCUAAGCCGCGCCCCCAGCGCGCCCCCGGGCACCGGGGCCCUGCCGCCUGCCGCCCCUUCGGGUCGGGGCACAGCUGCCAGUCUUCGCAAGAGGAAGGCGUCCCCUGAGCCCCCGGAUUCCGCCGAGGGCGCCCUGAAGCUGGGCGAGGAGCAGCAGAGGCAGCAGUGGAUGGCGAACCAGAGCGAGGCACUAAAGCUCACCAUGACGGCCGGGGGCUUUGCGGCGCCCGGGCAUGCCGCCGGAGGUCCGCCCCCACCGCCUCCGCCCCUGGGACCCCAUUCCAACCGGACCACCCCGCCCGAGUCAGCCCCCCAGAACGGCCCUUCCCCCAUGGCCGCCCUCAUGUCGGUGGCAGACACUCUGGGCACGGCGCACUCGCCCAAGGACGGCAGCUCCGUGCACUCAACCACUGCGUCCGCGCGGCGCAACAGCAGCAGCCCGGUGUCACCGGCCUCGGUGCCCGGGCAGCGCCGCUUGGCAUCACGGAACGGGGACCUGAAUUUACAGGUGGCGCCCCCGCCUCCUAGCACCCACCCGGGCAUGGACCAAGUGCACCCCCAAAACAUUCCGGAUUCCCCUAUGGCCAACAGCGGGCCCCUCUGCUGUACCAUUUGCCACGAACGUUUGGAGGACACGCAUUUCGUUCAGUGCCC